AUGGCGAGCGACAUCUCGUCGCCAGCAUUUUCGCCGGACCCCAACGUGAGGCUCUUCAAGCUGCAGCGCGGAGGCCUCACAGCGACCAUCACCAACCUUGGCGCCACUGUCACGAGCCUUACCGUUCCAGAUGCACACGGUCAGCUGCAUGAUAUUGUUCUUGGCUUCGACACCACUCAGCCAUACCAGGAUGGCACAUCGCCAUACUUCGGCUGUGUGGUUGGCCGAGUGGCCAAUCGCAUUGCAGGAGCUCAAUUCAAUCUGGACGGUCAGAUCCACCAUCUGACGGCUAACGAUGGCCCUCGCCCCAACACACUGCAUGGUGGCAAUGUGGGAUUUGACAAGCGUAUAUGGCGUGUCGUGGAGGUGCGGGUGACUUACAGGCUGGUGGGCGAUGGGGAGAUGGUGGUGGUCAUGGCGGCACAUGCUGUUGACCGGGACACGCCCGUCAGCAUGGCGCAUCACAUGUACUGGAAUCUGGGCGGCCAUGCCAGUGGAACAGUGCACGACCACGUUGUGCGGAUCAAUGCCUCGAAUUACACGCCAAUCAAUGCUAACCACAUCCCCACCGGGGAGAUUUUGCCGGUAGCGGACACCCCGUUUGACUUCCUCUCGAGGGAGUUCCCCAUUGGUGCACGCAUUUCUGACGUGGCAGGCGGGUACGAUCACAAUUACGUGUUGCACCGCACACACACUUGGAGCGGGGAACACUUGGCGGCUGGGGCGGAGGCAGGAACAGAAGGAACAGAAGCAGCAGAAGGGAAAUUGGAGGGUGGGGGGACGAAUGGACAAGAAGUAGCAGAAGAAGUGGUGGAAGGGCAGAAAUUGUUUUUGGCUGCCCGAGUGCGGCACCCGGAAACGGGCAUUGUCAUGACUCUGUCCACUAAUGCUCCUGCCAUGCAGUUCUACACGGGCAACUUCCUGGAUGGUUCGUUCAAAGGGAAAGGAGGCACAGCGUAUCAGCAGCAUGCAGGCUUCUGUCUUGAAACACAGGUGAGCUUCUAA